GGCCAACGGACCUUGCAAAUUCUUGGGAGAUUAUGGGAGUGGAUUUCACUAUAUCAGGGCCACUCUCUGAAGUUUCCCUCAAGGUCCUGGAUUGGAAUUAUGGACCAGGACUUAGCAUUGGACGUCAGUGUCAAUGGGGCAGCCAAGAAAAGACAAUGUCCUUUCUCAAAGAUUGCUACCAGACGUUGGCAGAGAUUCACAGGGCCCGUACAGCUGGCAACACGAGUGCUUGGACAACACCUUCAAGGUCCAGGUUGGAGGUGCUAUCGAUUGGUGCUUCCACCACUGCCCUGAACGCUCAACGCCCAAGUUGGUGUCCUUGAGGAGUGGAGUGGAGGCGUGUGACCCAUGAGGUAGAAUUAAUCCGAGGUUCAGAAUGCAACAUGUUCCACAUACGACAAGACCAGCUUUGCUCAAUGUUCAGCAUUGACGCGAAGAAGCACAUGCAAAGUUAAAGCACAAAUUAUUGGCGCGUUUUGUUGAUCUUUUGAUUCUCAUUCUUUGGCAUGAAGUUGCAGCGCUUUUGGUGUUUGUUUCCAAAAAAUGGCGCGGGACUUGCCAUCCCAAGUCAAGAUUGUUUUGUUCCCAAGAAGAGCCAACUUUCAAUUAUAUAACAGCCGCCAGUGGACCAAUACAAACAGUCAGAACGCUGCCAAUGCCAGCGCCUGCUGAACUUGGCAGAAUUGAAGGCUGGCAAUAUGCGGCGUCCAAGGCACCACCCAAGUGCGCUGGCCAAAUUUUGGUUUGCCGUUUCAUCCGGCGCAAUGUUGCCAAGCUUUGUGUUUUGGCAAUGUGGUUUAAAAUGGUCAAAGCAUGUGUCUUUAUAUUUGGUUCAAAGUCUUCGCUGAAGACUUGUUGUUGUGGAGAUCAUUUUCCAAGGUGUGAGUUGUUACCAAGGAGGGAAUGAACACAGAGUCUAAAGAAGAUAAGGAUAGUGACCGAAGAGUCGAGUGCAGGCAUGGAGUCAGCUAGGAACAAAACAUGUGAUACGAAAGGAGAGAUUUGAGAGAAUCAACUGAAGAGGCAGAUUGUCGAACAUUUGUUUUGUGCUCGACUCUUGGAAUUUGGAAUGCAUCGGUUUGUCGCUCUCAUGGUUAAGUCAAUGGGCUUGCAUUGGUCUCAGCAUGACGUCUUCCGUGCGCGAGGUUCAAGGAACUUCUCAAUCUCAAGCCAAGUGGCACAAAGUAAGCCAAGUGAGCGAAUGAUCGGCAUUCAAGAGUGUACAUAGGGCCAAGUGCUGCCGCCAAAAGUCGGUGUAUUGUUUAUUUGAGCGAAAGGCGACUCUUGCACUUGAGGAUGAAGUUUGUUCUAGCAAUCUGAGACAAACCUGUGCACCUGAAUCUUGGUCUGAAGAUCGACUUGUUUGUGUGUUUUUCUUGUGUGUG